CAGAAUGAUCGGGGGGAAAAUAAAGAAAAAAUCAAACAAUUGUAGAGAAAAGUUAUUUGUGAAAAAGUGAACUUUUGAAAAGAAACUUUUAUUGUAAAGACAAAGUUAUAUAUUAGUGCAAAAAUGUUCCUAAAGACAGAAUGAUAAACAGAUAAACUUUUAUACAAAUGAACUCUAUAAAAAAGUUUUCAAGUAACCUGUACUUGGGAAUUAAAAUGUGAAAAAGUGACAAGAUCAAUUCAUUUUCUAAACUUCUCAUGUACUAGAUUUUGAAGGAAAAAUCUCCGGCUGGUAAAAUGUUAUUAUUCUUUGCUCUGAGUUCACUUCUCUUGGCCUACAAUUCAGACAGAGUACACGGUAAAGAAUGUGGGUAUCCAGGAACGCCAAACAAUGGAACGUUCCAACCUACCGAUCGUAUAUUCUAUCCUGGAGAUGAAGUUAUCUACUCAUGUAACUCUAAAUUCAUAAUCAAAGGUGAUGAGAGGAGAACUUGUAACACCGAUGGAACUUGGAAUGGGAAACUACCCUUUUGCAGAGAAAACCUUGCUCUGGGAAAGACUGCAACUCAGUCAGAUGUACUUUGGAGUUACACACCUGAACUAGCGGUAGACGGAGAUAUGAACACCUGUAGUUUUACCUCAAGGAAGGAGGGACAACGCUGGUGGCAGGUUUCCCUAAGCCGUCAUCUCCUGAUAUCCUCAGUAUGGAUCUCCAUGAGUCCUGGUUCAUAUCAGAAAUUCUCUAUAUUUGUCGUAGAAAUCCUAGAUGGAAGUACUGCAGAGUAUAAGCCCUGUGCUCAGUUUGAAGGAAGAUUUAAAACUCUUAGAAAAGAGUUCGAGUGCGUGAAUGAAGGUCAAAAGGGACAGUUUGUUUAUAUCAGGGAUGAUAGAAUGGAUACAGAAUACUUUGGACUUUGUGAAAUUCAAGUUUUUCAAGCGCAAGAAGUUGAGGACUGUGGGUCCCCUGAGUUGCCCCUGAAUUCCCAACUAUUUUCUCUGACCCCCUCUCAGGCCGAGUACUCCUGCGCCCCUGGAUUCACACUAACCCCCCCUGGUAGGGGUAUUCUAAACUGUAGCAAGGAGGGGUGGCAGGGACAGAUCCCAACUUGCUCAGAGUUAAGUUGCGAUCAUCCAACCUCUGCUAAGGAUGGAUUUAUUGAAGUUUCUAACUUCAGAGGAAACUAUGUUUAUGGGAGCAGAGCUAAAUACCAUUGUAACCCAGGAUACAUAUUGUGGGGAAAUUCUACACGAGUUUGUGAUGAGUCAGGAGAAUGGACCGGCCAUCCGCCUACCUGUCGGCCGAUUUCCUGUGGGGAACCGCCGAUGCUCCCGAAAUCGGCGGUUGCACUGUUAAAUGGGUCAGCACAGUGGCGAUCUAUCGCCCAGUAUUCCUGUCUACCUGGAUACCAGUUUAUGGACGGGAUAACCAAUGUACGUGAAAGUGCCUGCCAGGACACAGGAGCUUGGUCUGCUGUAACCUUCAGUUGUGUUCCUAUUCAACCCAAGAACAGUAAUCCUAUAAAUACCAUUUGGAUUAAGGAGAGAAAUGAUAAGAAUUCUCCCAGCUAUAUGACUAUAACACUACUCAGCCUUCUAGCAGCUGUCAUUUUUGGAAUAUCAGUUCUAGCAGCUAUUAUUACCUUCAAACGAUGGGUAAGAAAGAUGGAAUACGCCCAGCAAGAAAAUAUAUUUGUGGAAAAGCCUCUUUUAGAGAACCAGCAUGAACACAACCACCAGGCUCCUGGACAGGAACCGGUUCAACUUGAAAACAAUCAUAAUAACAAGUUCUCUACAUUUCAUCUUAGGUACAGUCCCUCGAGCUCCCCUACCUCUAGUGCUGAGACUCGAACCUCCUCUCCCAAAAACUCGAACUGUUCGAUGGAACGACGCCACUACAGUUCGAGUUGUUGCAGGAAGCAGUUCAAUUCAAUGCCAAGAAUGCAAAAUGGAAAUCUUAGGUUCAAGUAUGCUGAUAUAGAUGAAUUGUCUAGGUUCAAGUAUGCUGAUAUAGAUGAAUUGUCUAGGUUCAAGUAUGCUAAUAUAGAUGAAUUGUCUAGGUUCAAGUAUGCAGAUAUAGAUGAAUUAUCUAGGUUCCAGUAUCUUAAUAUAGGUGAAUUGUUUAUGUUCAAGUAUGCUGAUAUAGAUGAAUUGUCUAGGUUCCAAUAUUCUGAUAUAGAUGAAUUUUCUAGGUUCAAGUAUCUUAAUAUAGAUAAAUUGUCUAGGGUCAAAUAUGCUGAUAUAGAUGAAUUGUCUAGGUUCAAGUAUGCUGAUAUAGAGGAAUUGUCUAGGUUCAAGUAUGCUGAUAUAGAUGAAUUGUCUAGGUUCAAGUAUGCUGAUAUAGAUGAAUUGUCUAGGUUUAAGUUUGCUGAUAUUUAUGAAUUGUCUAGGUUCAAGUAUGCUGGUAUAGAUGAAUUGUCUAGGUUCAAGUAUGCUGAUAUAGAUGAAUUGUCUAGGUUCAAGUAUGCUGAUAUAUAUGAAUUAUCUAGGUUCAAGUAUGCUGAUAUAGAUGAAUUAUUACAAAGAAGAUCCAACCUAAAUGUAUUUGAAGACGCUGUUCAGUAUGCAAAUGUUCCAGUAAUACCGCGGCCUAUUCACUACGCAACCCUAUCCCGAGCCAAGCGACAAGUGGAACACCAGGAAAUGUCCCAAGGUGACUCAGUGCCCGACAUUCUUCAAACUAUUGCUCAGCUGGAUUCUCACACCAAACCAAACCCCGCCUUCGGCCAGCUGGGCGGCCCGUCUAACCCAAACCAAACCUCAACCGUGGUUCCAAACCAAACCCAAGAACACGUGGGUGCUCAGCCCAAACCAAAUGUUAUAGUUAAUGAACUCUCAGGAAUGAUGUUUACAAAUGAAAGAAAACUUAUAGAUUUAGAUGACGAACAGUUUAAUUACUUAUCGAUCAACCAAACCCAAAUGGACGAUAGUGUUUGAUUAUUUAUUGUAAAGUUUAUUAGAAAUAUAUUGUAUAAUUUUUAA